UAAAUGGCUCUUUCGACUUUACUGUUUAAUUCGUAGCAUAUCUUUGAGAAAAAAAAAGAACCGAUUCGUUCCUAAAGCGACAUACGGGCGGGUCAAACUACACUGCGUAUUAUCGACUAUCAGGUUGUUUGAUUCCCUUGGGUAAUUGUUGCACAGAGAGAACCAUGUCUGGCAAGGUCGCUGUAGUCACAGGAGCUAACAAGGGCAUCGGACUGGCCAUAGUGAAAGGACUUUGUAAAGCAGGAUACGAUGGAGAUGUUCUCCUCACCGCUCGAAAUGAAGCGCUGGGAAAGGAGGCAUUAGAGCUGGUGAAAGCCGAGGGUUUCAAAAAUGUCGUCUUUCACCGACUCGACAUCUGCGACCAAAGCAGCUCACUGGCGCUCGGAAAGUUUCUGAAAGAGAAAUACGGAGGCCUGGAUGUGCUCAUCAACAACGCGGGAAUCGCUUACAAAGUAAAAGCCACUGAGCCUUUUGGUGAACAGGCUGAAGUCACCAUGCGCACCAACUUUUGGGGAACACUGUGGGUGUGCCAUGCUCUGUUCCCCCUGCUGAGGCCUAAUGCUCGUGUGGUCAAUGUAUCCAGUAUCGCUAGCAAGUGGUCUCUGGAUAAAUGUAGCCCAGAACUCCAGGAAAAGUUGAGAAGAACAGACAUGGCAGAUGAGGAGCUCUGCUUAAUGAUGGGGGAGUUUGUCACUGCUGCACAGAGUGGCGCUCAUGAGGCUCAGGGCUGGCCAAACACUGCUUAUGGUACUACUAAGAUCGGUGUAACUGUUCUUUCAAGGAUCCAGGCACGAGUUCUUAGUGAAACCAGGUCUGGUGAUGGCAUUCUCCUCAAUGCCUGCUGCCCAGGCUUGGUUAGAACAGACAUGGCUGGUCCAAAUGCCACCAAGAGCCCAGAGGAAGGAGCAGAAACCCCAGUGUACCUGGCAUUGUUGCCAGCUGGAGCCAAGGAGCCACAUGGACAGUUGGUUUGGGACAAAGUGGUGCGGGAAUGGUAGAAGGGGGAAAAAUAGUAUAAAUAAUGUAAACAGCAGUGAAUGUUUUAAAAAUAAAAAAUACAAAAAAUUGUCCCUAA